AUGCCGGAUUUCGAGCACUUCAGAUUUUCCUACUCGAGUAUGAAUCCGGUCCUGGGGGAGAGCGGCUUUCUGGCACCGCAGCAGCACCACCACCAGAUGACAGGCCAGAACGACUCCGCCAUCCCGGAGCCAGGUUACUUCCUCGGGGAUCACGCCGGGUUUGGGCCUGAUGGGUUUUCCGGGCUGGACCUGGGCACUCUGCCACCAUCGGGCCUCGCCUACUUGCACCUGAGCAACCCCCUGCACCGCGUGCCCCCAGCGGCCACUGCGCUGCGUAACGACCUGGGAUCCAACAUCAGCGUGCUGAAGACCCUGAACUUGCGCUUCCGCUGCUUUCUGGCUAAAGUGCAUGAGCUGGAGCGCAGGAACAAGGUGCUGGAGAAGCAGCUGCAGCAGGCUCUUGAGGAUAACAGCGGAGGAGAUGGACACCAGAAGCCACUGACUAAAGAGAUGGGGGUCCAGACUGGAUUUAUUGGGCCUAUCCCAGCUAGACCGGGCCUCAUCCCGCUCCACAAUGCCAACAACUCGGCCUACCUGCCGGGCGGCCUUCUGUCUCCAACCCUGAACCCUCCUCCUCUCUUUGACAACAAAUACCUGCUGGGGAGCAACUUCAACCCCAUCGCAGUCUCCACUGAUUCAAACUCCAACCUCACCACGUCCGGAUUCUCCAUCAGCCCGGCUCUGAGUCCCAGCGACCCGUUCAAAACCAUCACAAACAUCAAUGAGAAAUACGCUGCUGACACCGGGACUAACACCAACAACACCCUCCCUCCUCCGCCACGUUUCCUCCCCGGGACGAUCUGGUCUUUCAACCACACUCGCAGGUUUGGCACCGGGAGGGAGUCGUGCGUCACGGGGCCUGGUGUCUCCUGGACGCACCCGGAUGGUGUCGGGGUCCAGAUUGACACCAUCACACCGGAGAUCAGGGCCCUGUACAACGUGCUCGCCAAGGUUAAGAGAGAAAGAGACGAGUACAAGAGAAGGUGGGAGGAGGAGUACACAGCCAGAGUGGACCUGCAGGAGAAGGUGGCAGAACUGGAGGAGGACCUGCAGGAGAGUGAGGUGUGUCAGGACGAGUUGGCUCUUCGGGUGAAGCAGCUGAAGGCCGAGCUCGUUCUCUUCAAAGGUCUCGUCAGCAACCAGAACCUGUCAGAUCUGGACAGUAAGAUCCAGGAAAAGGCCAUGAAAGUGGACAUGGACAUCUGCCGCCGCAUCGACAUCACCGCCCGCCUCUGUGAUGUGGCCCAGCAGAGGAACUGCGAGGACAUGAUGAACAUGUUCCAGCAGGUGGCCACGCCCCCCUCCACUCUGAACCGCCGGGCCAGGAAACAUAGUGGCCAGUCAGCAAAGGGCGGGGACGGAGAUGAACUGAGCAUGUCUGAGAGCGAGGGAGGCGGGGGUAAAGACGAGGAGUCGUGUAGCACAUCGGCCAAUCAGAUUAACGAGCAGAUGCAGAAGAUGCUGAAUCAGCUAAGGGAGUGUGAGUUUGAGGAUGACUGUGACAGUCUGGCCUGGGAGGAAACUGAAGAAACUCUCUUGCUGUGGGAAGAUUUUUCUGGAUACUCACUGGGAGAAACACAGGGAGAGCUGCAGCAACAGGAGGAGUCCAUCGAGAAAGUGAUUAAAGACACAGAGUCGCUGUUCAAAUCCAGAGAGAAGGAAUACCAGGACACCAUCGAUCAGAUAGAGUUGGAACUGGCCACAGCAAAGAGUGACAUGAACCGUCACCUGCAUGAGUACAUGGAGAUGUGUUCAAUGAAGAGAGGGCUGGAUGUCCAGAUGGAGACCUGCAGGAGACUCAUCACACAGAGCAAAGACAGGAAGUCCACCUCUCUCAACACACUGACGCUGGACGACACAGACAGCGAGAAGGAAGAGAGGAAGAAGCCGGCUCUACCUGCCGACCCUGAGAGCAGCGAUUCUUACUGCGACGCCAACACCACCAUCCCUCCUCUGACCUGGAGGAAACCCUAACACACAGCUGGUACUCUGAAAUAACUUCUCUUCAUCUAGUGCCCUUUGUGAGCCUGAGGCCUGGUCCACACGUACACAGGUACUUCUCCGGUCUUUAAAAAAGAAAAAAAAUCUUCAGUUGAGAGCAUGCCAAACCAACAGGCGGCGAUAUAACCCUAACUAUAAUGCCAUGUUGGACAAUCAGAAGCCUGAAAAAAAAAAAGGUAUCACCAGUUUCAGUAUGAAAACAACACUGAUGUUACAAGCCAACAACUCAGAGGUUUUGAACGUUUUCACUCUGGCUGGAGUUUGCAUGUCGAUGAAAGGCCAAACGCAUAGAAAAAGCUACGUUUUAAAGACACCCAUGUAUGUGUGGACAGGGCCUGAAAUUGUGGAAAAUAAUACAAGUUGUUGUAAAACUGUAAAACUCCACGUGUCUGCAACAUGUCCAGGAUGGUUUUGUUGACCUAAGGUAGAAAUUCUUUUAAAAUCAGCAGAUGUAAAAGGUCUUUCCUUGAUCUUUAAGCUUCUCUGAGACCAAUUUAUCUGAUAUUGGUAAAUUUUCCUGGUCACAAACUCAGUUGGCAUGACAGCAGAAGAUUUAGAUUAAAAAAAAAGGUGGAUGUGUGUCUGUUUCAGGAGGCAGGAAACUUACACCAACGUUCCUACACAAAAGUAAUUUGCUUACAAGGCUUAGAAAACAAAAGAGAGAAAUAUUCACUGAUUCUGCUUCUGUUUUCCUGCCCAUGGAUAAACAGGACCUAUUUUCUUUAGGUUUGCACACUGAUCUUGCUCUUUAGUGCAGGAGCCAAUAAUUUGCACAGUUUCUGUAAUAAUGCCUUUAAAGUGAGAGCACAGAGAGGAGGCAGCGCACAAAGAAAUAGUUUGCACAUGAGAAAAUGUUCAUUAUAAGAGUUAAGAGCUGUUAUAUGAACCGUUUUCAUCAUUUAUUUCUACUUAUUGUAAUGAAAUGUUUGUUUUUAUUCUGUAUUUUUUUUCUUAUUUCUGCUCCUGUCAUGUGUAGCAGCUUUAACAUGUUGCAGGUAUAGUAGAAGCUUUAUCCCACAUUUUCCGGGUCUGUACAGGCCAAGUAAGGUUAAAAGUUAAUUUUGCAAAGAAAUCUCCACUUAUCGAAGCCCAGCUUGCCUUAAAUAGAUAUGCAAUACUCAUGAAAUAUGACACCUUCUCUGAUAAAAAGACAACUGGCAUUAAAAUUAAAAUUGAGCUUAAUGAUAAGUAAUUUUUUUUAUUUGGAUAAAUAUCCGGAGGGUGUAAUCCACCUAUUUUCUAUUUAAUGUCACAGUACAAAAAUUGUAAAAAAAAAUUUUAUCAACAAAAAUUAAUUUAAAGAAUAUUUUAAAAGUUGAUUUUUGGUAACUUUUAUUAACUAAUUUCUGAAUCUGAACCACCAAACCCCACCCAGGACUAUAACCCCAACCAGGAAACAACAACAACAAUGGAGUCACGUUCUCAGUUUGUGGAAAUUUGGGAUUUCGAUGACCUGAAUGUGACUUUACGUUCUACAAUUACAGAGAAUUACGUAUAUCUUUUGAAGGUGAAUUCUAAUUUUUUUUUUUAAAUCAAAAUCCUUAAAUAUGACUCUUUUUUUUAGGUUAAACAAUAAUAAAUAAUUUUACUACUAAUUAAAUUAAAUAUUUCUCCACAAAAAUGAUUUUCCUAGUGAUAUAGAAAAUUCUUUCAUACAGCAUUAAAACAGCAUAUAAACCAUCAUGUACAGAGACACGUGUCAUAGAAAACAUUCAAUGAAUAAUAUAAUAAUAGUUUAGUAGAUUUAGUAGAUUUAUUUUGAGUUUAGCCAAAGAUUUCUUACAGAGGUGAAGUCGCACUGUGGGAAAAUUUCUAAAACCCUGACCACACUGUCCAUAUAAUAUAUUGUAUAUAUUAAUAAACUAAAGAGAUCACAUUUUUUUCUAUCUAACCCUUAGAAUGUCCACAAAUAAUUUUACAUGUGACAGGGAGAGGGGUUAACAGAAAGUCAAUGUUACCUCAGAUCUGUACCACAUGCUGUUUUUGUUUGGCUUGUAAAUACAGUCUAUAACAAACAGUCUGACCUGUGUGGAAGACAGAUCAAAACCACUAAACAAAAGUGAAGACAUGUAAUUUUAGUUAGCUGUUUUUUUUUAUAUAUAUAUAUUAGUAGUUCAGUAAACUUGAAGAAUCCAUGUCAAAGCUGAGCUAAACUUAGAGAAGGUGUCACAUUUUUUAGUUUUGGCCAUCAAUAAAAGCCAAACCUCCAUGUGAGGGUUUCCUAUCAAUUUAUCGAUUACCCUCAAAAUCCCAUACAACCCAGUUCAUCCAAUUCUGUAAGAAAAAUAGUGUAAAAUGUGACAGAUUUGUUGGAAGGGACUUGUCUGUGAUUUUGAGACAUAAAUUUAAGAGCUUAUUUUUGUCUUCAAGAAAAGUGAAAAGCUAUUUUAAGAAAUCUUUGUCCUCAAAUGUACAGUUUGUAAAUGCUGAAUACUGUAUGUAAUGUAUAUAAUAAGGCUGUGAACUAAUAAUGCUGUAAGUGUCAUGUUCUUACGAUGUAAAUUAAGCUCAGGCUUGUCAGAUUUAACAUUUUAUUUAUAACAUGCUAUUUUAGCUGUUGAUUGAACUAUUAGUAAUGUCGUAGCAGUAGAACUGGCAUUAGAAUAGUUUAAAAGGGGGUUUCUUCAGUCGUUUUGGAGCAAAUACUCCUCCAGAAAUGAUUAAAGUUGAAGUGAAUUUACUUUUCUUAAUUUCAUGUGCGAGGACUUGUAUAUAUAAUAUCUGGGAGGUGGGGGGGAUUGGGUUGGGGGGUGGGGGGGCGGACGGACAGAAACACUCAAAAAACCUUAAAAAAAAUCAUGGUUUUAAAUAUGUUGGUGCCAGUUUUUGUGUCUUUGUUGACAUGCUCAGUGAAUGUUUUACAGUUCACCACUUCAAUCAUCAUCACAUCUCUCAUUAAUGAAUGUCUGCUUAUCCAGUAACCUGCCAUGUUCACCACAGAAGACACAGAUCCAUUAAAGGAACACUUUCAGUUUUAGUCCUGGAGCUUUCUUUUCUGAGCUAAUUCCUAAUCGAAUAAAGACGACAAAAAAAAAUAAAAAUGAAAUUGCUUCUUUCCACAUACUCUGCUCUUAUUUUAGACUUUCUCCAGCUCAGUUCCCUGUGAAGAAAAGUAAAGGACUAAAAUUUAAAAAGUCAUAUUGUUCCUUUUAUGUCAAAGAGAAUCGAAGCAACUGCAAGUGUACAAUAUACUUUAAAGCAAAAAUAGACAAACAUCGCUCACCUCAUCAAACUGUACAGAUGCUGCUUUAACUGAACUGUUGAGAUCUAUAUUAUCAGAAUGUAAAUAGCAUCUGUGGAGAGAGCAGAAAACAAAGUUUGAAAGGAAGAAAAGACUUAAAGACCUCAUGAAGUGAUUAAACAGGAGAAGAUACACAAAGUGAACAAAAGGAGCAAAAUAAAUCAACUGAUACUCUUUAACUCUGAGACAGGUUCAGUCUGUCAGCAUGUCCCUGAGCAAGGCACUAAAACCCCAUUUUCUUCAUAACUAAUUGCAUGAAUGAAAUACAAUAAGAUUGUUGAGAAAUGCUGUUUCCGUGUUCUCUGUGUGGCUGGUCAUAUCCUCCAUCACUUCACAGGUAAAAUAAGUCAAUGCUUGUAUUUGUUUUCAUGAGGUCUUUAACAUGUUUUUUCUCCUGUCACUGUGCUGAGCUAUAUGUUUGAUCAGUUUAAUGAAGCUAAAUGAAAAGCUGCACUGAAUAAAUUACAUUGAAAGAG